AUGUCCACCUUCGACUUCAUCAUCGUUGGAAGUGGUCCGUCCGGUAGUGCUCUGGCCGCAGGUCUCGCCAAUUCAAAUGCCAAGCCUCAAGUCCUCCUCUUAGAAGCGGGCGAUUACAAAGAAGAUCGCAAUCUUCGCGUUGACGGUCAAAGAUGGCUCACUUUCCAAGACCAGUCCAUGAACUGGGGGUUCAAAACCACCCCGCAAAGUGACUGCAACAACCGCGAAAUCGACUACAGCCGCGGCCGAUGCAUGGGCGGGUCCAGUGCUAUUAACUUCGGUGUCUACAGCGUCGGCGCGCGCGACGAUUACCAAGAAUGGGCGCGAAUUGUCGGCGAUAAGGAGUUUGCCUGGGAAGAUAUUCAGCGCAGAUUUAAGGAGCUGGAGACCUUCCACGGGGAAAUUCCCGCCGGUGUGGAUGCCAAGUAUGCGGAUCCCAAGAGCACGGAUCAUGGGAGUAAGGGCCCGUUGCAUGUGGGCUUUGCGAAGGAGUGGGAGAGAGACCUGACCGAGUUGUUGGAUAUCUUUGAGGAAGCUGGCUUCCCCUUGAACCCAGAUCAUAAUUCGGGAAAUCCGAUCGGAAUGUCCGUGUUGAUUAACUCCGCUCACAAAGGCUUGCGCUCCACCGCCGGCGAUUUGGUAAAGGAGAAAUUGGAUAAUUUGACUAUUGUCACUGCGGCGUCCGUGCAGCGGAUCCUCCUGGACGGGAAGAAGGCCGUGGGCGUGGAGUCCAAUGGCAAGAAAUACUACGCCGCAAAGGAAGUCAUUUUGUCCGCUGGCUCGCUGAAUGAUCCCCGCAUCCUGAUGCACUCUGGUAUUGGCCCCGCUGCCCAACUCGAGAAAUACCAAAUCCCCGUCGUUCACGACCUCCCCGCCGUCGGCCAGGGUCUCCGUGACCAUUGCUUCGUGCCGAUUGUAAACACCCGCACAGAGAGCAGCACGGACCGAAAAGCUUUCUACGGCGACAAGGCCGCCAUGGAAGCCGCUCAGAAGCAAUGGCAACAAGAUGGCACAGGGCCCUGGGCAAAAUUCGCCUGCGAGCUAGGCAUUGGCUGGUUCAAGCUUGCUGAACAACUCACCUCCUCCCCAGAAUUCAAGGCUCUCCCCGCAGAUGAACAGUUGUACCUUCUCCAGGAGACAGUCCCCCACUACGAGAUCCUCACCCAUUUCCCUAUCCACUGGUUCAUCCCAGAUUUCCCUGCCGAAGCACUGAGCUACUCCUGCCUACUUGUCUUCCUGUUCAACGCGCAGACCCGUGGAGAAGUCACCCUGCAAUCCUCCGACCCCGAUGCCCCGCUCUCCUUUAACCCGAAAUUCCUGGCUCAUCCAUUCGACCGCAAACUAGCGAUCGAGGCCUUGCGCGACUCCUUCCGCAUCGCCAAGCACGAGUCCUACACGAAGGAUCACGUCGCCCCGCUGGCUAUGCCCAAGAGCGAUUCCGACGAGGAUCUGCUCCAGUACUGGCGCGAGAACAUCUCGUCGAGCUGGCAUAUGACCGGUACCGCGAAGAUGGGUAAGAAGGGCGAUGCGGAUGCCGUUGUGGAUCCGGACUUCAAGGUGGCUGGCAUUGACAAUCUGCGCAUCGCUGAUAUGGCGGUUGUGCCGGUGUUGGUCAAUGCGCAUGUUCAGGCCGUUGCAUAUGUCACGGGUGCAACUUGUGCUGAGAAGUUGGUCAAGGAAUAUAACCUUGAUCAUAACCCUGCUAAAAUUUAG